UUGUAAAAUUUAUUGGUAAAAAGUUUAUAAAGCAUUAAUAAAUUGUAAACGAAACAUUUUCAUUAUAAACAGAAAUCGAUUAGACAUCGAAUAUCUAUAAUAGGCGUACGCGACAUAUCGAAGGAAUUUGAGUAGAGCAAUUUAAAUAUUUGGAAGAAAAGCUAUACAUCUGUAUAGUCAGAACCAGUCACAGCCACAAAAGCAAAGUCGGACGAUAGGCAGACAACAUUCUACAACAAAUAUUGCAGACGACACGGCGAAGAGACAAUAAGUGAUUGUUAAACAGCAUGCCUCUUUUUGGAAAAUCACAAAAGACACCAGCCGAAUUGGUCAAGUCCCUGAAGGAAGCUAUUAAUGCUCUAGAGACAGGCGGUGAUCGUAAGGCAGAAAAGGCUCAGGAAGAUGUAAGUAAAAAUCUGGUCAGCAUAAAAAAUAUGCUGUAUGGUAGCAGUGAUUCCGAACCGCCGGCGGAUUAUGUGGUGGCUCAGCUCUCUCAAGAGUUAUACAAUAGUAAUUUGUUAUUAUUGCUUAUACAAAACCUGCAUCGUAUUGACUUUGAAGGUAAGAAGCAUGUGGCUUUAAUUUUCAACAAUGUGUUGAGGCGACAAAUAGGCACGCGCUCGCCCACCGUAGAAUAUAUUUGUACAAAGCCAGAAAUCCUUUUUACGCUAAUGGCUGGUUAUGAAGAUGCACAUCCGGAGAUAGCACUAAACUCGGGCACCAUGCUACGAGAAUGUGCCCGCUAUGAGGCUUUGGCUAAAAUAAUGUUGUACUCCGAAGAGUUUUUCAAGUUCUUCCGUUAUGUGGAAGUCUCCACAUUCGAUAUAGCCUCGGAUGCUUUCUCCACUUUUAAGGAGCUAUUGACCCGCCACAAACUGUUGUGUGCCGAAUUUUUGGAGGCCAACUAUGACAAGUUUUUUACGCAACACUAUCAACGCCUCCUGAAUUCCGAAAAUUAUGUUACACGACGUCAAUCUUUAAAGCUGCUGGGUGAAUUGUUACUUGACCGGCAUAACUUUACCGUUAUGACGCGAUACAUUUCAGAGCCGGAAAACCUCAAACUGAUGAUGAACAUGCUCAAGGAGAAGUCGCGUAAUAUUCAGUUUGAGGCCUUCCAUGUAUUUAAGGUGUUUGUCGCCAAUCCCAACAAACCGAAACCCAUACUCGAUAUCCUGCUACGUAACCAGAGCAAAUUGGUCGAUUUCCUAACUAACUUCCAUACGGAUCGUUCCGAAGACGAGCAAUUCAACGACGAGAAGGCAUAUCUGAUUAAGCAGAUAAAAGAGCUGAAACCCCUGCCUGAGGCUUAGUGGGUCCAUGCUAAUGCCAAAUUCACACACCCCAUAGUAAACCUACAUACACCAUACACAUAUACAAACAAACUGAUAAAAAGGCGGAGAUACGUUGUGGCAGUGAAAAUUGAACCAUCGGCUGCUUGGCAGCUGCUUAAGUAGUAAUACGUGUUUAAUAACAAAUUUGACUGUUAGACGACAGGCACACAACAUAUAUAACACGAAAACACUUAGCUUACAAUUUAUAAAAAUUAAAUAAAUAAACAAAAAUCAUUAUU